AUGAAUAAAAUCUUCAAGGAAUCAAGUUUCAAUAUUUUUAAUGAAUAGAAAAAUGACAUUUUACAAGAUGACAAUACAAUUUCAAAUCAUGUAUAGAUGAAGCAACUUAACUUAUAAUUACAACAUUUCAAAUUAUAUUAGGAUGUCUUAAAUGAGGCCUUAAAUUAAUAUGAUUUAAUUAUACAAACAAUAAGUAGUUUGUCAAAUGAAUUCAAAGAUAUCUAAUUAUAACAAGUAAAAACUCUAUUAAUAUUGAUAAGUUUAAACAAUAUAUAUCUAAGUUUGAAAAAGAUUCAUCUCUUAUGCAAAAAUUCACUUAGUUUGAUUAAAUUGAAGCUGAAUUGAAGUUGCACAAACAAGAGAAGGAAUCACUGUAAAAUCAACUCACAGAAAGUGAAAAGAUUAAUUUAGGGAAUCAAUAAGUUAUUAAAGACCUUAAGAAAAAUGAUGCAGAAUAAAUAAAACUAAUGUCAGAUUUGAAGAGACAAUAUGAAAGUUAAUCAAUUAAAAUAAAAGAACUUGAAUAAUAAAGUAAUAUUAAAUAGUAUUCAAUCUCUUAAUAGAAACAUAAUUUGAAAUUAUAGUUAAAGAGAAGGAAGGAGCAUUAUAGAUGUGCUAAAAGUAAAAUGAGAAGAAUGAGGAAAUGUUGAAAUAAUUAAAAUAAACUAUGGUAUAAGUAAAUCUUUUAUUAAAAGUAGGAUUGGUAAUUCUCUUAAUCACUGACAUUCUCAACAAUUUAUAAGAAUAGUAAUUGUUCAAUUACUUAAAAUGGAAAAGUUAUUGAAACAAAUUAAUAUGGUUGGUAAUGUUGUAUGUGUGAUUAAAUGAUCCCUAAGAAUGGUCUGAUCUAAUUUGCUAUUAAAAUUAUUGAAAUAUCUAGCAUUAUGAUAGGAAUUGGUUUUAGGGAUAUUGUAUAGAGUAGGAAUUAUGGUAAUUGUUAUGAUAUUGGAUAAGGGUAUAUUUAUGAUAUUAAUAGAAUCAAAAUAGAACAUAUAAUAUUUAUUAUAAUGGUUAAUGUUAUAAUCAUGAUUAAUAAGAUAAACAUACACAAUAAAUAGCAUUUCCAUUUUCAACAAAUGAUAUUAUAAUUGUUGAAGUGGAUAUUCAAAAGAAGUACGUGAAAUGGACAAAGUAAUCCACAAAUCAAUCAUUUGUAUCAAUUUCUAUUUAUUAUUAUUAGACUCUCAAUAUUGAUACAUCCAAAGAUUUGUAUCCAUGUGUACAUUUAAAUAGUAGAUGUAAAGUAGAGAUAUUAAAUUAAGUAUUUAAAUGA